CACAGGCGCCGCCCAACUUUUCUAUUUUUAGUAGAGCCGGGUCUGGCUGUUCUCGGACUGGUCUCAAACUCCUGGGUGCAAGGGAUCCAGCCACCUCGGACUCCCAGAAUGAUAGGAUUCUAGGGGUGAGCCCCCACGACCAGCCUAACAACAUGUGGCUUUUCUUGGGAAAGCCACUUUGCCCCUCGGGGUCUGUUUUUAGACCUUUACAAGGAAGUCCUCUAGGACCUGCCUGGGUCCAUAGACUACAUGCCAGCAAACCAUGAAUGAAAAUAAGAUACAGGGGCGGUGCCUGUGGCUCAGUCGGUAAGGCGCCGGCCUCAUAUACCGAGGGUGGCGGGUUCAAACCCUGCCCCGGCUGAACUGCAACCAAAAAAUAGCUGGGCGUUGUGGCAGGCGCCUGUAGUCCCAGCUACUCGGGAGGCUGAGGCAAGAGAAUCGCUUAAGCCCAAGAGUUGGAGGUUGCUGUGAGCCGUGUGAUGCCACGGCACUCUACUGAGGGCCAUAAAGUGAGACUCUGUCUCUACAAAAAAAAAAAGAAAAGAAAAGAAAAUAAGAUACUGAAUGGAGGCAAAGUGAUGCUGGCAAUUUUUAGGUGGCGUAGACUAUAGGUCUACUUCAAAUUAAUUUCACUGAGAGCACAACAUAUAAUUUGCAGGUGCUAUAUUUUCUAUAUCGCUAUUAAACUUUUUUUUCCUUUAAAUACUAGCUGGGCACAAAUUUUCAAAUAGCAACCUUGCACACAUUGUAGCUGAUCAAUGAGGCUGCACCCAGAGAAUAGGGAGGGCCAUUGGCCGCGACCCGUUAUAAAAUAAUGGUACUUUGUAAUUUUGCAGCCCAAGCGGGUAGGAGUCGCAUGACCAAGAACCAUGUCGAAGGGGGCAGGUUGGAUAAGGUGGCAGAAUUAAAGUAGCGCCUGUCGUGCUGCUUCGGCCGCUAUAUCUCAGUUACGGCAGCUCGCAGAGGACAAAAUCCGUCUCAUUUUUACGACAUCUGUGAUCGCCUCGCGUUUUCUAAAACCUGCGAGGCAUUACAACUAGAUCCAGGAGAGAAAGCGCCUAGGAUGAGAGUGAGGGAAAAGGUUGUAGAUUAGAGGGUGGCUGGAUUAGACAUGUCCGAGACAAGCGGAGCGGUCUGCCGAAGGUUCCCGAGGGCGGGGCGCGCUCACGUGGGAAACCAAGCUAGGCCAUACCAUCUGUGGCAGGGGGUUGAAGAUGGUGGCAAGUGACUGAGACUUAAAAUGUGGUGGUUAGAAUAGUGUGCGGGAACGCGGAGCAUCUGUACGGUCGCCUGCAGCCCCAUUUCCUUUCUCCCUGCCAUGAGCGGCCGAGUGCGGACCGUGUCGCUGUGCGAGGGGCCUCCCGUGCUAGUGCCUGGUGACUUCUACUCGGUUGUGGUUCUGUUGCAGGGCUACGCGGAGCCCGAGGGCGUGGACGGCGCUGUGCGGGCCGACGGCUCAGUGACCCUUGUCUUGCCCCAGGUCUGGGGCCCGGCGUGUAGCCAGCGAGAGUCCCCGCGCGGGGGCGGGGGCGCGAAGACCGCCCUGGAGGAGGUGGCCCGUGGCCCCAUCCUCGUGGACACCGGGGGGCCCUGGGCUCGGGAGGCCCUGCUAGGGGCCCUAGCGAGGCAGGGGGUGUCCCCAGGAGAUGUAACUCUGGUGGUGGGGACCCACGGGCACUCGGAUCACAUCGGUAACUUAGGGUUGUUUCCGGGCGCGGCAUUGCUUGUUUCGCACGAUUUCUGCCUCCCUGGGGGUCUCUACCUGCCCCACGCGCUGGAUGAAGAACGGCCUCUGCAGCUGGGGCCUGGGCUCGAGGUGUGGGCCACGCCGGGCCAUGGGGGCCAGCGGGACGUAAGCGUGGUGGUAGCGGGCACGACUCGGGGCACCGUGGUAGUAGCGGGCGAUGUGUUUGAGCGCAAUGGGGACGAAGAUUCGUGGCAGGCGCUGAGUGAAGACCCCGUGGCCCAGGAGCGGAGCCGGAAGAGGGUCCUAGACACCGCCGACAUAGUUGUGCCUGGUCACGGAGCCCCUUUUCUGGUGUUAAGGGAAGUCUCGCAGUUGGCAGCAGCCAGUGGUCGGAGACAAGGACUCAUUGGCCCCGAGAGGGACUGAACCCUUCCUCAAAGAAGCCUUUCCUUUCAGCGAGGAGCGAGAUGAAGGGGACCCAGUCUGCCAGAAUCAGAGCAGUCAAGGGUGGUCGCUUCCAGUCCUUCUAGGAGGACAGAUUUCUACGGAGGACACAAAGUUCAUGCCACUGCAGUUUCCAGUAUCACUCUCUUGCCUGUCUCUACAACCAAACUAGGACCAAGUACUGGCUCAAUUCUUGUACAUCCUCCUGGGCCUCAGCAAAAUGGGAGAAAGUUCUUAUGGGAGUUCUCCAAAAUAAAAGUAGAAACUGAACUGAAAAUCAUGUUGCUCUAAUAAAAACAUGAAGCACUGAUAGUAAUAAUUGUGCAAAUAUGGUAACUGAGUUGCAUUGGGAGACACUGCCAGAUUGCUUAUUCCUCAUAGGGUGCAGCUUGCUGAGAAAAGGUGCAGGGCAUAGAGGUGACCCCUUAGUCGUCAGACUUUGAUUCAUUUGCUCAAUGGGUACGUAACACCGUAAACUACAGACUUUCUGUCCCCAUAUUAUCUUUUGAGCAAGUAAACAAUAGCAAUAUAAUAAUAACAAACCAAAUAAUUACACGUUGUGGUUAAUGGUAUUGUAAAAAAGGAGGUUAAGAGCAGAAUAGAAUGCUGGAACUAGAGAGUUGGCUCUUUUAUUUAGGAUGGUUGAGAAAGGCAUCUGUGAAGAUUUAGUGUUUGAUCAGAGGUCAUGCGAUGAUCUGGGAGAAGGGUAGAACAGGCAGGUAUCAAGACCCUAAAGCAGGACAGCUUAACCUACUUUAGAAGUAAGAAAACUCAAGGGGUUGGACUGCAAAGGGCCAGGGAACAGUAGGAGAGAAUAAAAGCUGGAGAUUUGAACAAGACCACCACUCAGCAUUGCAGACCUUGCUAAAGGGGUUUGGAUUUAUAUGAAGUAAGAUAGAAGCAUCUGUUGGCUAUUGAGCAGUCUUAAAAGGUAGCUCAGAGAAGCCAGUUCACCUGGAGGGUGAACCAGUCUGUGCCAUACGUGAACUUGUAGCUGGUGUUGGCCAAUGUGCUGACCACUAGAGUGCCAGGUUCCUGGGCCAGCAGAGCAGCCAUGGCUCCCUGGAUCUCUGCCAGUCAUUGCACAAAGAUGGACAGAGGGAAGGUGGUGAAGUGGGCCUGGGGCCAGGGGUUUGGAUCGUAAUUUGGAAAGACAAUCCUGAGUACUAUAAUCCCAAAUGUUGAAAUCCUGAAAGAUCAAGAUCCUUGAAGAUUGAAAUCUCUAAAAUUUAAAAUCCUAAGCCAGGCCCUGUGGCUCAUGACUAAUCCCAGCAUUUGGGAGGCUGCCACAGGUGGAUUGCCUGAGUUCACCAGUUCCAGACCAACCUGAGCAAUAGUGAGACCCCCAUCUGUAAAAAAUAGCCAGGUACUGUGGGAGGUGCCUGUAGUCCCAGAUACCUGGAGGGUGAUUCAAGAGAAUUGCUUGAACCCAAGAGUUUGAGUUUGCUGUGAGCUAAGAUGCCGCAGCACUCUCCCAAGGGUGACCAAGUGAGACUCAAAGAAAAAAAAAAAAGUCUAAAAUCUCUUGACUUCUAAAAUCCAGGAGAAUCAGAACCUCAGGAUAGUUGCAUUGUAUUAGGCCAGCUCUUAUGGAGAGACUCCACACGAUCACCUGCUAUCUAUAUCUAUAAUAUACCUUUUCAUUAUGUCAAUUUUUUCUUUCUUAAAGUUUUUCCCACUAUUUUAAAUUGUCAGCAUUAUUAUUAUUAUUAUUAUUAUUUGCAGUUUUGGCAGGGGAUGGGCUUGAGCCCACUACCCCUGGUAUAUGGGGCUGGCGCUCUACUCCUUGAGCCACAGGCACCGCCCGUCGGCCUUAUUUUUUACAUCUUGCUAUGCUAUGUAUUUUAUUUACCCUCCCAACUUUUUUUUUUUUUUUUUGGAGGCAAUCUCACUAUGUCACCCUCAGUAUAAGUGCAUGUCAUUGUUGUUUGGCAGGCCUGGGCUGGGUUCGAACCAGCCAGCUCUGGUGUAUGUGGCUGGCACCCUAGCCACUGAGCUACAGGCACCGAGCCUACCCUCCCAACUUUUGAUAGUUACUUUCUUCCUACUUUUCUGGCAUUUAUAAUACAUACAUUAUCAUCUGUAACCAUAAUUCCCACAUUUAUUUUUACUUUAGUUCUAUAGUUGGUUGCAUUCAUUUUCACUGCCAGAUUUUACUGUAGACUUUCCAAUAAACUCUUUGUUUAACUAAAAUUUGACUAAUUCUUAAAGACAGUCAACAAUAUUUCCUGAGUUAUUGCAUUUUUGAAAUACUUGUUUUUGUAGUUGAAUAAUACUGUGGCUGAGUGUAACAUUCUUGAGAUAUAUAUGUAUAUAUAUAGUUUGUGGGAUUUGUGAGCAUUGUUCUGCCCUUAUAGAGUGCUAUAGCAUCAUAGCUCACAGCAACCUCAAACUCUUGGGCUUAAGUGAUUUCUCUUGCCUCAGCCUGUGAAGUAGCUGGGACUACAGGCACCUGCCACAAAAUCUGGCCAUUUUUUUGUUGCAGUUGCCAUUGUUGUUUAGCAGGCCCAGGCUGGGCUCAAACCCGCUAGCCUGGGUGUUUGUGGCUGGCGCCCCCACUGAGAUAUGGGUGCAAAGCCUAGUUUUUUUUUUUGAAACAGAGUCUCACUUGCCCUGGGGUUGAGUGCGUUGCCGUUAUUGCUCACAGCAACCUAAACUCUUGGGCUCAAGUGAUCCUCUUGCCUCCGUCUCCCAAAUAGCUGGGACUAUAGGUGCCCACCACAAUGCCCACGUUUAUUUACUUUUUUGUUUUGAGACAGAGUUUCACUAUGUCACUCUCGGUAGAGUGCUGUGGUGUCACAGCUCACAGCAACC